AUGGGUUCUGAAGGACCAAAAGCAAUUACCAUUCAUGUGACUGGUUUCAAGAAAUUUCUUGGGGUUUCUGAAAAUCCUACUGAGAAAAUAGCCAAUAAUCUCAAAUCUUACGUCGAGAAACGAGGCUUGCCUUCUGGAUUGACUCUUGGUAGCUGCACUGUUCUUGAGACUGCAGGGGAUGGUGCAAGGUCUAAGCUUUACCAGGUUUUGGAGUCCAGUGUUGCUGUCGCUGGAGAUAAGAACAACAAUGGAACUGUUGUUUGGCUUCAUCUUGGGGUGAAUAGCGGAGCGACAAAAUUUGCCAUUGAAAGACAAGCAGUGAACGAAGCUCAUUUCCGUUGUCCUGAUGAAUUGGGCUGGCAACCACAGCGGCUUCCUAUAGUUGUCGAAGAUGGGAGCAUUUCAAAGGCAAAAGAGACUUCAUGCUCGACUGAAUCGAUAUUCAAGUUAUUGAAGCAGCGAGGCUUCGACGUGGUUCAAUCAGACGACGCUGGACGAUUUGUGUGCAACUACGUUUACUAUCACUCUCUCAGGUUUGCAGAGCAAAAGGGACACAAGUCACUGUUUGUGCACGUUCCUCUGUUCUCCAAAAUCAACGAAGACACUCAGAUGCAAUUCGUGGUCUCUCUCUUGGAAGCAAUUGCAGCUACUUGCUAG